UUUACUUGACAGAAGUGUGGCCCUCAAUCUCAAAUGCGACAGAGAGGUCACCAGGGGGGAUCGAAGGGCUAUGAACCUAUGGUUCCUGAAAAACAGUAAAUCCAUAGAAAAUGGCCGUCGACUGGACCCAACUUCCCGGAGAACUCCUGGAAUCAAUCUCCAACAACCUCACCAUUUAUGCCGAUUACCUUCGAUUUCGAUCCGUUUGUCACUGUUGGCGAUCCUCCGUCCCAAAGACCCCACGCCACCUCCCUCCCCAACUCCCCUGGCUCAUGCUUCCUCAUAACCGAUCCCAAUCUCAAUCCCAUCGCGCCUUCUUUGACGUCUCCGCCCAAAAAACCCGCCUCCUCAAGUAUCCAGAGUCCUCCCACCGAAAGCGUUGUUGUGGCUCCUCCCAUGGUUGGCUCGUGAUCAUGGACGAAACCCCAGCCAUCCUUCUCAUAAACCCUCUCACCAGAGCCAAGGUUCAACUCCCCCCGCUCUCCACCUUCCCGAUCGUCCUCGGCUUCAAUUACUCUGAAAUCGGUAAAGAGUACGCGCUCACAACCCCGUCCGGUGACAUCUACAGGUGUAGUUUGAGGGAAAUGCGCGACUCUUUUAUCAAGAAAGUCAUUCUCUCCGUGAGCCCGGCGGGUGAUAACAACUUUAUUGCACUGGCGAUACUCAACCUCACGGGGGACUUAGCAUUCUGUAAGAACGGCGACCAAUCCUGGACUUUCAUUCAUGACGCGAAGUAUUUCUCCGAGGACGUUAUAUAUCACAAAGAGCUAUUCUACGCUGUGGACAAGAACGGCGCCAUAGCGGUUUGCGAUGUCAGCGGCGCGUCGCCGAGGGUUUCGAUCAUCGAAACGCCGAGUCAAUUCGGGGGGGACAUACAGUAUCUGGUGAAUUCAGAGGACGACGAUGAGUUGUUACUGGUCACCCGGUAUCUGGAUCUCGUAUACGUUGACCUAUUCUUCAAAACGGUCAAAUUUGAGGUUUUCAGAAUCAAUUGGAACGGGCCGUUGUGGGAGAGGGUCACCAGCUUAGGUGACCGGACGUUGUUUGUGGGGGGAAAUUCAUCAUUGUCCUUGUCGACGUCUGAUUUUCCGGCAUGUUCAGGGAACUGUAUCUAUUUCACCGAUGAUUAUUGCGAAUUCAAUGAGGAAUUCGCCUUUGGAGAUUAUGAUUUAGGCAUCUUCAAGUUAUGUGAUGGAAGCAUUGAACCUUUACCCUGUUAUCGGCGAAGUUCGCACUCUCAGAUACACGGGCCUCCAAUUUGGGUAACGCCAAAUCCAUGAUAAUAAUGCGUUUUGAUCGUGUCCUAUUGCUUAGUACAUUUUAGUACGUUCUGUUACAGCCUGAAUUCUAGAAUAUUCCUUUUGCAAUGCCUUUUGUGUGCUGUGCAUAUCAGCCUCGUUGCCCUGCUCUGCCAUUGUGGAAUGUGCCGUCAAGUGAAUGGGAGAGCCUUGUGCUGCUGCAGAGGAGUGGGCUGCUGAGUGAGGUGCCUCAAUAUUAGCAGACUUGACAAACACGCUAGAAAAAUGAAAAACAAAAGGGGAUUCUGCUCCAGUCUUUCCCAAAUGAUGUCAAAUGUCAUUUUCCGAUGGAAAAACAAUACCGAUAGUGAAUUCAAAAAGUCAGAUAGCUUUUACCAAAUUGAUUUUGUAUGAAGUGAAUAGAUGAAGCAUUUUGGAUCGAUGCUUCAGAGGAACCACAAGCCUGAGGGAGUAUGGUUUUUAUUUUAAGAAUUCAUUAAUGAAGUUCUGGUUCUUUAACCAAAUUUGAUUGA